AUGAUUAUAAUUAGUGGAUUAUUUACAUUUUUUCAUUUCUGAAUUUUUUUAUUAUGGCGGGAAAAAAAUAAAUCCUUGUGUAAUCAAAGGGCGCCUAAGAAUGGGCAUAUAUUAAGCUAUUUCUCUAAUUUGAAGAAUACAGUGAAUGGAUUUUUUUGUGUGUUUUAUGAAGCCACAGAUAAAAGUAGGAAAAAAGUAUUAAAUAAUAGUAUUCACCACAGUGAGUAAAAUAAAAUAGUCAUACAUUUUUAAAGUUAUGUCUGAUAUAUGUAAGUUAAUCCAACAGUGGUUUUAUAGUCUGAAUAUGCAGAGUCUCUGAUGUGAAAUAUAAGCUAAACAAGCUAAUCAGAGACCUCAGUCCUAAUGGGACUAAUGCAAGAAGUAAAGGAUGCUAUUAACAUAAUGUAUUUUGCAUCAUGCAUGAUUGCACACGCAUGGGGUGCCUUAGUCCUACUUAUAACUUUAUCACAUUGUUUUUCAUUUGUUUCAUAUUCUAAGCAGAAAUGCUUGGAAACAUUGCCAGCCUUUCUCCCCUGCCUCAAUCCGAAACAAAUACAGAAAAACAAUCACUAAAAAAUUCCAAAAACCCAUCAGUUAAUUGAUUUCACUUGCUUUAGAAAGAUUAGACUGACAAAAAUUAGAUUUGAUAUAUUUUAACUUAAUCUAGCAUGAUAUAUAGAGAGUAUCCCAGAAAUAAAUAAUUUUUUUGUAUCACAUUUUCCUUUUGUGUAAUACAUUUUAUCUCAGUAGUUGUCAGUAUUUUAAAAUUAACUGAGAAUAGACCAUUCAAAUUGAGGUCUCCCAGGCAUGAAACAGACACUUUCCCAUUAAUCACCUGAAUUAAUACAAAGUCUGCUUGUGCUGAUGACAUCUACUUGGGUGGACUGACUUUCUUACUGUAGAAUAGGAUUUAAAUUCAAAACAUCUUGACAAAUUAGUGAAGUGGGAAGAUGUGAAUCAAAUUGAGUUCAAUAGGGACAAAGUGGAGGAUAAUUCAUUUGGGCAGGAAAAUAAUUUCCAGAAAUAAGAGAAAAGGACCCCUUAGAAGUAGCUAAAAGGAGAGCUAAUGGUUGUAGCCAAAUAGACGUAAGAAUUCCAAUGUAGUAUGAAAAUGAAAUAGGAAAAAUGGAUUCCGAAUAGAUAUAACAUUUGGGAAAUGGGAGGUUUUUGUAUCAUGGCCAUAUCUUUAUUAGAGAAUUGUAAGCAAUCCUGAAAUGAAAUUUGAUCCAGAGAACACAAAGUGGUAGGAAAGGCCACAUGGCUGACUGAAAAGAGACAUCACUUUCUUUAUGAUGAAUUAAAAUGAUCUGCCUGCCGCAUAAGACACCUGACACACUAUCACAUUGUCAACACACUGACAAUUAACAGGGAAGCCAGAGUAAUUUUUAUUAGUGGAACUUGCCAUCUUUUUAAAGUAUUUCAGUAUCCUCCUGUCUUCAAACUGAUGCAUAGGUUAGCUACAUUAUCCCCCAAUAUUCUUUUGGAAUUAAAAUUCUUUGAGAAAAAUUAAGAUAUUCUCAGGAACUAUCUGGGUUUAAUUCACUCCAAAGGUGCCAAAAAUCUGAAAGAACUCUACUUGUUUUUAAUCUACACUGGGUUCCUGGCAUGCCAUGGUAUCUUAUUGCAUAAUGCCCUUUUCAUGUAAUUCUAUCUCAGACCCUGUGGCUCUGUGGAAAUUCAUAAUAGCAUGAAAGCACCUUUCUCUGAAAAUAGUAUGAAAUCAUGGUUAGGAUGAUUUUUUUUUCAGUAGGAUUCAGAAGGAUGAACACCACAAAGUUUUUCCAAAGACUGAUCCACAUAUUUUUAACUCAUUAUUCACACGACCCCAAUUACUUCCUACUUCCCAUAUUUACCAUCUGCUGUCAGACUAUAUUUUCUUCUUCAGAAACCAUGCAUAAUACCUGAGUUUGUCAUUUUGUUUUUUUAAGAUGAAAUAAAUGCAUUUAAAAUAAUCCCAAUCACAUUUUUAAUAUGCUCAUGAAUGCCAUUACAUGUAAUCAAUGUGGGAAUCACUUGUGAAAUUCAAUAAAAGCUUUUCUCAGACUAGUAAACUAAGAUUAGAGGCCAACUUGGCCGGGCGAGGUGGCUCACGCCUGUAAUCCCAGCACUUUGGGAGGCCGAGGCGGGCGGAUCACGAGGUCAGGAUAUCGAGACCACCCUGGCUAACACGGUGAAACCCCGUCUCUAUUAAAAUACAAAAACAAAAAAAAAUUAGCUGGGCGCGGUAGAGGGCGCCUGUAGUCCCAGCUACUCGGGAGGCUGACGCAGGAGAAUGGCGCGAACCUGGGAGGCGGAGCUUGCAGUGAGCCGAGAUCGCGCCACUGCACUCCAGCCUGGGAGACAGAGCGAGACUCCGUCUCAAAAAAAAAAAAGAAAAGAAAAGAUUAGAGGCCAACUUAAAACAAACCACUGCCCAUGGACCAAUCAGCAUGCACUUCCUCUCCUCUGAGGCCCAUAAAAGCCUCAGACCCAGCCAGACUCAAGUAGAGGAUGGAACGACCAGCUGCAGAGAGGAGCUGCCCACCCCAGGGUCUCCUCUCUGCUGAGAGCUGAAGGGACAACAGCACAGCCAGCUGUGGAGAGGAGCUUUCCACUCCAGGGUCUCCUCUCUGCUGGAAGCUGAACACUCACUGGGACACGCCGGCUGCAGAAAGGAGCUACUCACUAAUCGGCUGUUGAGUGUGCUCUCAAUGGAGCUUUGGUUUUAGCUGUUCUCUGACAAAGAGCUUGUUCUGAGCUGCACAUCUCGUCCUCUUUGUUCAGCCUCAGGCUUCAAGCAUUGAAUCCUAAAUAUUCUCCAGCUGGGAAUCAGACAAGGGCAGAAAUGAAGAACCCAGAAGCCCAGCAGGAUGUUUCAGUUUCCCAGGGAUUUCGCAUGUUGUUUUACACGAUGAAACCCAAUGAAACUUCAUUCCAAACAUUAGAAGAGGUGCCUGAUUAUGUAAAAAAGGCAACUCCAUUUUUCAUUUCUUUGAUGCUGCUUGAACUUGUUGUCAGCUGGAUUCUCAAAGGAAAGCCACCAGGUCGCCUGGAUGAUGCUUUAACGUCAAUCUCAGCUGGUGUUCUGUCUCGACUUCCAAGUCUGUUUUUCAGGAGCAUUGAACUGACCAGUUAUAUUUAUAUCUGGGAGAACUACAGGCUGUUCAAUUUGCCUUGGGAUUCUCCAUGGACUUGGUAUUCAGCCUUCUUAGGAGUUGACUUUGGCUACUACUGGUUCCAUCGUAUGGCUCAUGAAGUUAAUAUUAUGUGGGCCGGACACCAAACACAUCAUAGUUCUGAAGACUAUAACUUAUCCACAGCACUGAGACAGUCUGUCCUCCAGAUAUAUACUUCCUGGAUUUUCUACUCUCCCCUGGCCCUCUUCAUACCCCCUUCAGUAUAUGCUGUUCAUCUUCAAUUCAACCUUCUUUACCAAUUUUGGAUCCAUACAGAGGUCAUCAAUAACCUUGGUCCUUUGGAACUGAUUAUUAAUACUCCUAGCCAUCAUAGGGUUCAUCAUGGCAGAAAUCGUUAUUGCAUAGACAAAAAUUAUGCUGGUGUUCUUAUUAUUUGGGAUAAAAUUUUUGGGACAUUUGAAGCAGAAAAUGAAAAAGUUGUAUAUGGCUUAACACAUCCCAUUAAUACAUUUGAACCAAUCAAGGUGCAGUUCCAUCACUUAUUUUCCAUAUGGACUACAUUCUGGGCCACACCUGGAUUCUUCAAUAAGUUUUCUGUCAUAUUUAAGGGACCAGGAUGGGGUCCAGGUAAACCAAGACUUGGUCUCAGUGAAGAAAUUCCAGAGGUCACCGGCAAAGAAGUUCCCUUCUCAUCAUCUUCAUCUCAGCUAUUAAAGAUAUAUACAGUUGUACAGUUUGCUCUGAUGUUGGCAUUUUAUGAAGAGACGUUUGCAGAUACAGCUGCACUGUCGCAAGUUACUCUACUUCUGAGGGUUUGCUUCAUUAUCCUGACCUUGACUUCCAUUGGAUUUCUUCUGGAUCAAAGACCCAAGGCAGCUAUUAUGGAAACUCUCCGUUGCUUGAUGUUCUUAAUGCUGUACCGAUUUGGUCACCUGAAGCCUCUUGUCCCUUCCUUGUCAUCUGCUUUUGAGAUUGUUUUUUCCAUUUGCAUUGCUUUCUGGGGAGUUAGAAGCAUGAAACAACUCACCUCUCACCCUUGGAAAUAACCUGAAUUUGUACAUAAUUCUCUUCUUUUAAUGAGUUGUCCACACGCAUAUUAUGACUGCAUAUUAAAAUGUAAUUAUUUUAUAUAAUGCUUAUAUGAACUAUUUCUUCAAUGAAAAGUAAAAUUACUUAUUUACUA